GCACGCUACUCGAGAUUAACCUUUGGCCCCAGUUAUCGGUGGUUGAUCACGUUCUACUCAUAGAAUAGCUCUAGCGAGCAGCCACGAGCGCUGUGCUCUCGAUCCUAGGUGAACCGACGCGAAAACGCCGCGCAGCAGCUUCCAGGCGCCAAGUCACUUGCGCAGCUCGGCUAGACCAGACCACGGCGCCGCGGCGCUAUUCUGUUCAGGCCAGCGUCCGGGCCGCACAUAAAAGCGACGCCCGGUCCAUCGGAGGCCUGCGCAACGCGCCGCCCCAGAUGGCGCAGCCGCCGCCGCAAAGAAGAGGCAGCGCACCACCCCAAAAUAGCCAAUACUUUUCCGAGCAGGGCAAGAAGGGCGAAGUGAAUGAAUUGAGAACGCUACUAAGAAGCCCAGCGGUGGAAAGGGACCCGAAAAGAAAGCGCGAGGUCAUCAAAAAAGUUAUUGCAUAUAUGACGUUAGGGAUAGAUGUGUCUCCGCUCUUCAGCCAGAUGGUCAUGUCCGUGGAGACGCGGGACUUGGUCGUGAAGAAGAUGGUCUACCACUAUCUUUGUAGUUAUGCGCACGAGCAGCCGGAGAUGGGUCUCAUGUGUGUGAAUACGUUACAGAGAGAUUGCUCGAAUGAUGAUCCCAUGGUUCGUGGUCUAGCGUUGAGGAAUUUAUGCUCUCUACGAUUACCUAUUUUACUAGAGUACAUCCAGCCGUUGUUGCGAGGAGCUCUCAAAGAUCGGUCCGCGUACGUGCGAAGAACGGCGGUCAUGGGCGUCCUCAAGGUCUACCACAUGGACCAGUCGACGGUGCGGUCUUCGGAUUUGAUCGAUGUGUUGUACGACAUGUUACGCGACACCGAUGGGAUGGUCGUGAGUAAUUGCGUCGUAGUACUCGAUGAGAUCAUGCUCGAGGAGGGCGGCAUCGCCAUCAACAAGGCUAUUGUCCACCAUUUGUUAUCAAGGUUGAACGACUUCAACGAGUGGGGGCUGUGUGCCACUCUGAAAUUAGCCGCGAGAUAUGCGCCCGAGUCGGAUGACGAAAGAUUUCAGGUGAUGAACGUCCUGGAUCCUGUUUUGCGCACUUCCAAUGCCGGCGUCGUGUUGGAGGCCAUCGGUUGUUUUGUACAGUUAACAAAAGAUCUACCAGAGUUACAUGCGCAAGUCUACGAAAGGUUAAAAGCCCCUUUGUUGACAUUAAUGUCCAAGUCGAACAAUGAAGGGUUAUAUUGUUUACUUAAACACGCCGAAUUACUCGUAUUCAGGUGUCGGGAGGUCUUCGCGUCGGAAUAUCGGCAGUUCUACAUUCGAUACGACGAGCCGGCCUGCGUGAAACAUCAGAAGGUCCAAUUGCUGGCGCAAUUAGCUUCUGAGAGUAGUGCGGAGGAUAUCUUAUCGGAGCUACGAGAAUAUGCCGGCGACUGUGACCCUUCCUUAGCCAAAGCGGCGAUCCGAGCGACCGGCGUCGUCGCAUCAAGAUUAAGAUCAAAAGCGGAGGCGUGCUGCUCCUUAUUAGUGGAGUUUUUAGAUUUGGAGUACUCCUACGUCAAGGCCGAAGCGUUACUGGUCGCAAAGGACGUAUUAAGGAAGUACCCCGAGAGACGGGGCGACGUGCUCCCUUCAUUGGGAAGAUACUUGGGCGAGUUAGACGCCGAGGAGCCGCAAGGUCGAGCCGCGGCUCUCUUCCUAGUAGGGCAGUGGGGCGAGGAAAUACCGUCCGCGCCUUAUGUGUUGGAACCGCUCAUCGAUGCUUAUGCGACCGAGACCUCUGUGGACGUCAAACUCGCACUCUUAACGGCGACGUGUCGCUUGUUCUUCAAGCGGCCGCCGGAGGUGCAGAACAUGCUCGGGCGGUUGCUAGAUGCGGCUUUGGAAGAUCAGACGUCGUCGGACGUGCGGGACAAGGCUCUGUUAUAUUUCCGAUUGUUACGACGUGAUGUCAACGUGGCACAAAGAGUGAUAUCCGGAAGGGACCCCUGCUCCAUCCAGGGGGCCUUCGCCGAGGACAACUGCGCGGUCAUGGACCGCCUCGUCGACGAGGCGUUCAAUACCUUAGCGGUGGUCUACGGCGAGACGCCCGACCAAUUUGUGGAUAGGGCUCAUCGGGCGCGCGACAAGCCCGACGCCGACGACGAGCCCCUCGUUUCUAACGAUGCACCCCUUGUUUCAAACGAUGCACCGCCGGCGGCGCCGGUCGAGGACAGCUUCGACUUGUUGGGCUCGGAGGACGUCGCGCCGCCCGCGCCACCAUCUAGAUCAUUGGUGGAGUCUGCGGGCUCGGUCACGGGCGACCUGUUUCAAGCCAAGUGGGCGGCCAUCUCCGACCAGGACGAGCGCACGUUGCGCGUGGGGCCCGUGACGCAGGGCGCCGAUCUGGUGGAUGCGAUGCUCGCCUCAUUAAACGUGCACACGAUGGCGUCGGGUGAGGUCGGCCAGGAGCUCAAGUUCUUCGUCUACGCGCGGGAUUCCCUGGGGGCGCUGUACCUGGCCCAGGCCGUCAUCUCCACGGCCGAUUCGUCGACGCAGCUGACCGUCAAAACGGAGGGCGCGGGCGACGCGUCGUUCUUCGCGGGCGUCGUCGAGGAGGGGCUGCGGGCGUGUAGUUGAGGUGGUCCUAAGGUCGUGUUAUUAUAUAUCCUGGUUAGUCG